GUUUGUGCGUUGGGCGGGUUGGGUUAUGUUAUGUUUAUAAUGAUGGUGGGAGGGGAUUUGUUGGGGGUGGGAGGAGCCAGCGUCGUUUUAUGUGCAUAUAUACAUAGUAUACGCUUACUUGUUCGUUUGGUGGUUGGAGCACGACGGGGUUAUAUACAUGGAUGGGAACUAGAGGGAUGGCUUUCGGAACAGAAGCCGGAAAGGGGAACACGAAAACUGGGACCAAAGAUGGAAUACCAGAGUUGGUAUUUGGUCUUGUUGCGAGAGCGAUUUGUAGUUUAUUUUUACGAACAUAUGGUCACCUAAUGAUUCGUUGGGGACACCAUGGCAUGAACACGACUCGCAGAGGUACGGCAGUUGCCAGGGAUUGAUUCAGGGCUGUCUGUUAUUGUUUGAAUAAGAUGUGCAUGCCUAUCUUCGAGGAUGGAGGGAAAUAGGACUGGCUUUCGAGGGUAAAAGACUGAAAUUGCCAUCUUUGUGAGCAAACCUCAAUUGAAGAUGUAGUGUGGUGAAAAGAGAUCUGACCAAAACAGCACGCCAAGAGCCAGCAUCUUCGAGUCCCUGUUGCAGAUGUCUUGGCCUGCGUGGCCUGCGGCAGGACCCGGUCCAACGAACCACAGCAUGCCGUUUUAAGACCGCACGGGCCUCGAGCUCAGCAGCGCUUCCUCGAAAUCGGUUCCAUCACAGGGGCUUGCAAGCCUCAUCCAAC